AUGGUUUCGAUCUUGGCCGCUGGCGGCGUCUUGCCGGGCCGCCAGGGUGUGAUCGGCUGCAUCGUACUCGGAAGGAAGGUUUGUUGCUCGACCAUGCUACGAUUCGCAACAGGUCUCCUGCUGGUAAAUGUCGACUAUGUUUUUCGCCACUGGUCAUGCGGUCAAGCGAACGAGAAAUUGCAUUUGAGAAACUGGGACGCCAACAACACAUUGUAG